AUGUGGAGGGACACCGACAGCCCAGAGAUGAGGCUGGGAGGGCUGCAGAAAGGAGCAGCCUCGCUGCCAGACCCGCGGGCCUUAAAGUGCCUCGCGGACCGGUCUAACUCAGUGCGCCUGCGCAGAGGGCCGGGAGCGCGGGAGAGGCUACAGGCGACCGCCAUAGAACUACAAGUCCCGGUGUGCAUUGCGGCGGCGGCCCUUGACCGGAAGGUUGGGGCUCUCGGCCCCACCCCGGAAGAUAAGGCGGCUCUCAAGGCCCGUGUCUCCUCUUUCGGCCGCGCUUCGCAGCAGGUAGGACAUGUUGGUGCCAUCCGGCGCCAUCCGACGCCCCCUCGUUGUCCUAGGCUCCGCUAG